CCGUUUAACAACAUUGUUUGUUACAUCGGUUUACCCUGUACAUCUAGCAUGUACUGAAUCUAAAGAAUUUACAGUUAGAUAUGGAUAAAAAGAAGAAACAGUAUAAUGUUACAGCUUCAUCGCUGGUUGAUUUGAAAGCAGAAUUAUAUCGGAAACAGGAGGCAUUUAAGCACGACCGACUUGGCCAAGAUGCCGGAGCUCCACAGAAGCCCAAGACCAAAAUUAAAAAGCCAAAUGUCUGGUGUAAACAAAAUGAAGGAGUGAAUGCGCGCGCGCAGAAGGACAUUCAGCAGACCACGGAGGAAGAAGUCACCUUAGAUAAAUCCAGACAGAAAUUGCAAGAAAAGGCACGUCUUUAUGAACAGAUGACAAAGGGAGAUUUCCCAGAUGAGGAGACUGAAAGUCUUUACCUAGUGGACUUUACCCAAAAGAUUAUCAAUCAGAGGAAAGAAACGUAUGUAACAGAAGACCGUGAUGAGCAGGUCUCCGAGGUGAACAUCCAAAUUCCACCUCCGCUGAAUGCAGAUGAGGAAUGGGUGGACUAUGUUGAUGCCUUAGGACGUUCACGAAGAUGUCUGAGAAAAGAUCUACCAGAUUUUCAGAAAAUGGACCAAGAUCUUCAGAGCAAGAGGGUGACUGGAGCUGACCGGACUCUGUUAUCUGAGGACAUGAGGAGGGAAAUGCAAAGAGAAGAGUGGGAGAGAGAGGAGGAGGAACAGAUGAAGAAACCUGUCGGGCCUAUUCACUUUGAGGAUAUCAGAGAGCAAGAGGCCAGAGAGCUUGGGGUUGGUUAUUUUGCUUUUUCCCAGGAUGUAGAACAACGCAGAAAACAGAGAGAGACUCUUGACAUGUUGAGAGACCAGACCACAGAUCAACGCAGCAAACGAGAACAACUUAAGGAGAAGAGAAAAGCUCAGCUUGAGGCUCGACUAGCUAAAGUAAGGAUGAGGAGGAUGAAGAAAGGCAAGCUGGAGCCAGAAGUUGAAGGCAAUGCUGGUGCCAGUGGUGCUCAGAUUGAUGAUGAUGAAAAUGAUGAUGAAGCUGUAAUCGGACCUCCGCUACCUGAGAAGGUUGCGAAAGUCGAGGUGGAGAUCCAGGAGAGGAAGGACACUCAACCUGGCAUUCCACACGUCAGAGAGUGGGACAGAGGCAAAGAGUUCUCCUGGGGUCAGUGGACAAGUCGCCGUCGGGACGAGCGUGAUUCAGAGUUUGCUCCACCUUCUGCUUAUUUCAAGGGGAAUGACAGCCGAGCUGCAGAGAAGGGGCAGGGCAAAGCAAAACUUCCUUUUAAAUGGUCCGAGUCCCAGAGGGCCACAGAAAGUGAUACAGAUAACACAUCCACCCCAGCGCAUGCUUCUAACAUACCCACAUGUACUCAAUACCAACAUAUGCAACAUCCACAACCACAGACGGAUCACACACAGAGUUUAGAUGACCUUUUAUCGUUCUACAAACAUGCUACUUGAACUGUGAAUCUUGGAAGCAGUCAUUAUGCACAUCUUUGUGGCGCAAAUUUUUUAUGAACUGUAGAAUUAAAAUAUAUAACCUUCUGA